CAUUUAGGAAAACACUAUGUAUAUAUAGGUAAUCGUGCAGUUAAGGACUUCAUUACAUGUGAUCAUUCAAUUUUAUCAAACCCCAGUUCAGCUAGGUGUUGCUUGUUUGUCCCAUUUUUUUUAUUAGAGUACAACGCGCGCAUAAAAUAACUUUGACCAGACUGUAAUUCGUGUCUGAAGUAAUAUGCAGGUUUUGUGUGAUCUAUUUUUAGAAACAGUGCCCAGAGCUAAUGUAGGCCCGGCGUUUUCAGUGAAAUUUCACGAUGGGUCAAACAUAUGAUGAGCGUACACCUUCAGGAUAAUCUCUAAACAGUCGCGCGAACCAAACAUGUAGGGGUUUCACACUAAAGAGGGGUUAUACCCGAAACGUUUGUGAUUUUUCACAAGACGACACUUUGACAUUAUUCUACGUUAUCAGUUUUCAAGUUAUAUUUCCUUUUGAACGUUUAUAAUCCCUAAAGAGCCUGGGAGCGAGAUUACUACGCGCGUGCAGACUCCCAACUGAUCAGUUUAAAUUGUUACGUUACAUUGGUAAUUCUUAAUUUAAUAUUUACUAAAUUAGGCUUAAUUAAUUUCACUACUGCCUCUCUGGGCUCAAUAUUAACUGAUGUUUGCAUCACUCCUGAGUUCUUCUAGCGGAACAACCUGAACAACGCACAACUUCAUCAGUUCCUAACUCAUAGCUACAAGACUAGCCUGUAGUUUACAACGUGUAAGUUUUGUAUUCUAUCUCGCGCUCAAAGUCCUUGUUUUUGAAAGGUAGUUACAGGUGGGAUGAAUGGUCUUAUAUUUUACUGGUGGACAAGCCGGCUCAUGCCAAUCGCGUGGUGAAAUCUCCUUAUUAAUAUUAACAAAUCAAGGGUCGAUUGAUCGCCGAAUCUUGUGUAGAUCGUCAAAUUUUAUUUUGAAAAACGUGGAAUGUUUUCAGAUUCACUCAGCGCUUUGUACAGAUGUAUCUGAGCUGAAACCAAACAUGGAACUCCGAAGCUUUAUUCGAUUCUGUCAACUCAUGAAAAUGUUCGUUACAUUUUCCGGAGUGUUAAUCUUUAAUCACACUUCAAGUCAUCUGCUGCUCAGAUUUUGCGGAUAUUCAAUUGUUUCUAUGGUCGUAGUGUAUGUUCUUUGCUUUACUUCACUGGCGAUUUUCUGGUGCGGAUUUCAACGCUCGUUAAGAGCCAGUGGAACAAGAGAACGUCAACAGAUUCUACAAGAUCUACGCUCCAUUGAGACUGAGAAAAUUCCUCUAAUCAUUGACCGGUUUUUAGAGCUAGAUAGAGCUGGAACACAGAGAGUAAAUCACGCUAACAAAGUCGCUGACUGUGCUGCGGAUAAACAAUGUGUAGUUUGCUUAGAUGCCGAAGCUUGUAUUCAAACUUUCCCGUGUGAACAUGUCGUGGUGUGUGGUUGGUGUGCGUGGCAAUCUCUGAAGAUUGCGUUCAUGCAGCAGUCCCCGCAUCGCUGUGUCGUCUGCAGGACUGAGAUUCAGGAUUUCAGCGGUUGUUUGAUAAAGGACUUGGUAAAUCUGAACUGGAAGGAUGUGAAGAAGAUCAUUGAAGAAAUUAAAACUGGCUAAGCUCCUGGCCGGAUUCACGGAAAAGUGGAAUCAAAUGAGGAGAACUGGACGAAUGAUCCCAGUUUACGGCAAAUAUCCACCCUCCUGGGUGAACCUUCUGCCUUUUGAAGCUCGGUAAAAUAAAGGCUUUGCUCGUAGGAUGAUAAAUAACACACACGGAAUAAUUUCAGAAUUCUAAUUCAUGGCUGCAAGAGUGGAUAAACGUGACAUGAUCAGCGGGCACAGUUGUAAUCACAAAGUAACUUUUAAGUAUAACUGCUGUCUAAAUCACCCCGUGUCUGUUUGACAACGAUAAAACUGAUAUUAUAAGCAGUAAGUAAAUGUUCUUCGCUUGUUGAAGAAAAAAAUAAGAUAAAUUAAAGAAAUUUAGAAAUGUCGUUGUAACUCUUUUAGACGUGUAACGGUUAGUGCUUUUUGCGUACCUUAUAACAGAGCGAUACUUGAGCGGAUGUUUUAAGGCCACGCGCCGAUCGUUUGUAAGCACGGCUAGACUCGAAAUAAAGGCUACAAUCGUUACGUACUCUACCCAUAAAACCAAUCACCCGAACAACGGGUUCUUGGACGGUUUCGUUAUUGUAGAAAGCAAGAUUUUGCGCCACUCGCAUGGGUAUAAGAACCCCUGUGACGAGAAGAUCAACAAUCGUCAAUGAAAGUAUGUAGAAAUUCAGGCGAUUUGAAGAGACCUGUUUUUCAAAAUCGCCAAGCAGACCAGGCAGUUGCCAAAUGUUGCCAGCACGACAAGACAUAUUUCGAUCAAGGCUGCAUGCCAAGAAAAGCUCUUGUUUGGAAUAAAAUGCAAUUAGAAGUGUUGCGUUGGUAGU